AUGGUGAACUUGGGCCUGUGGGCAACAGAAGUAAGAAUGUCUAAGCCCUUGGAACUGGAAAAGAUGCGUCUGGAGCUGCAAGAAGACCACACAGAUACAGAAAGAAAUGGACCUGACACAAACCAUCAGACUCAGCAGAGCAAAUCUUCCCCGUUCUCCCCAUCCCCAACCAUCACGGGCACCAAGAUCAAAGCUGAAGACUCUGCAGAAAUGCCUCCGGCUCCAGCGUCAGCCCCCGCCCCAGCCCCUCAAGCUCAGCAGCCACACCUACCCCAGGCUCAGCUCAUGUUAGCAGGCAGCCAACUUGCUGGGCGGACAAGGGGGAAUCCAACAGGGCUGCUUCCGACACCAAAUUUAUUUCAGCUACCUCAGCAAAAUCCAGGGAGCCUCCUGUCGAACCAGCCUCGUGCAGGACUCCCAGCACAGCAAGUGACUCGGCCUGGCCUCUCCGAGUCCCACCUCACUCACUCACAGCCGCCCAAAUGCCUGGAGACCCCUUCGCACCCCGAGGAGCCCAGCGACCUGGAGGAGCUGGAACAGUUCGCCCGCACCUUCAAACAACGGCGCAUCAAGCUGGGCUUCACACAGGGCGAUGUGGGGUUGGCUAUGGGGAAGCUUUAUGGGAAUGACUUCAGCCAAACGACCAUCUCGCGCUUUGAGGCACUGAACCUCAGCUUCAAGAACAUGUGCAAACUCAAACCUCUUCUGGAGAAAUGGCUGAAUGACGCUGAGACAAUGUCUGUGGACUCCACGCUUCCCAGCCCCAACCAGCUGAGCAGCCCCAACCUGGGUUUUGACGGGCUGCCGGGCCGACGUCGUAAGAAACGGACCAGCAUUGAGACCAAUGUCCGCUUUGCAUUGGAAAAAAGCUUUCUAGCGAACCAGAAGCCUACCUCAGAGGAGAUCCUACUUAUUGCCGAACAGCUGAACAUGGAGAAGGAGGUGAUUCGUGUCUGGUUCUGCAACCGCCGCCAGAAAGAGAAACGGAUCAACCCUUGCAGCUCUGCUCCCAUAUUGCCUGCCCAGAGCAAGCCUGCUGGCUACAGCCCUCUCAUGGUGACCAGCCCAGGCACCGGCACAAGUCUGCCCCUCUCCCAGGCUUCCAGUAGUCUGAGCACAACAGUUACUACCUUGUCCCCAACAAUCUGCUCCCUAACCCCCAGUCGGACAGCGGUCGGAGCAGGGGGCACCACCCUCAACUCGGUCACGCCACCCCCAAGCAACAGCACAAAUCCCAGCCCUCAGAGCAGCAGCCAUCCAGCUCUCAGCUUGCAAGCCCUGAAUCCCAGUACAGGAAGCACAGUGCUAGGGGUGAAUGCAGGGUUAAACUCAGCGCUAAUGGCCACCAACCCACUGGCCACCAUACAAGCCCUGGCCACUGGUGGAAGCCUGCCAAUUACCAGCCUUGAUGCCAGUGGUAACUUGGUUUUGGGUACCACUGCAGGCACAACUGGAAGCCAGAGCAUCGUGACCUCGCCGCUCUUCCUCAACCACGCGGGCCUGCCUUUGCUGAGUGCUGCCCCCGGAGGCGUGGGGCUGGUGUCAGCAGCUGCUGCCAUGGCUGCUUCUAUGCCUAGCAAGUCCCCUACCCUGACUUCCUCCUCUUCCUCUUCCUCUUCCUCCUCCUCUUGUUCCUCAUGCAGCUCCUCCACUGACAUGGCGCAGACAAUGGGGCAAGUUGGUCCUGGAUCCACCGAACCGGAUGCCAAGAUGGAGUGAGGACUCAGGAGCAUCCACGCU